AUGACAGCGAAGUGUUCGACAGCGGCGGUUACGGCGGUGGAGGUGGUAAGAGGGCAAGAAAGUGGGUCCCACAUGAGAGGGGGAGAGCCGGAGAAAUUUGACCGUUGGAUUAGAGAAUCAGUGGGUGAGAUUGUAAAAAAUUUACGAGAAGCGCCCUUGUUCGUACACGUGUACGGUGGAGGAGGACCCGAUAGUAGAUUAAAAACAGAGAGAGCGGUUGCAGAGGAUUGGAGUGAGUUGAAGGGUAAAUGGGUAAAAGGGGAGGAGCCCUCUCCUGAGGGGAUCAUACUUGUGGAAGAGUUGAAAGAGGACGAUUUGGGUAUUUUCGAAGAAGUCGAAGGUCAAAAUGGGGAUUGCGAAAAAGCGUGGGGGGUGUUAAUACAAGGCAAAGGGGAAGAUGGGGGUGUUGCUUGUUACUUGUUGAAGACUAGUAGAGUUGGGUGUGGUAAUUUGGGGGUGUUUUGUACACAUUAUUGUUUGGUUAAGGUUCAAAGUUUUAGGGAAACGGCUCGGUCACAACUUACAAGUUGUUGGUUGGUAUAG